AUGAAGUUCCUGAUUGUCUUCGUUGCCCUCUUCGCGGUGGCUUUUGUCGAUGCCCUUCCUGAAGCCUACAUCGAAAACUUGGAGUCCGAAGUUGGACCCGAAAGCUAUUCCUUCAACUUUAAGACGAGCGAUGGCCAGCAGGGUGAGGCUAAGGGAGUGCUAAACAAUGUCGGCAGCGACCACGAGUCCCUUGCUGUCAAGGGAUCCUUUUCCUACGUGGGCGACGAUGGUAAGACCUACGAAGUCACCUACAUCGCCGACGAGAACGGAUUCCAGCCCCAGGGUGCCCAUCUGCCCGUUGCGCCCUAA